CAUCUCCCUUCAUCUCUCUCUCGGACUGGGAUCCUCUCUCCAGGCGCAACGGAGAGGCAGUGGCGCAUGGCGGCCGGCGGGAGAGGAGGGAGCGGCGCGACAGCGGAGGCACGGCCCGGCGGCUGUGGAUGGAAGAGGAAGGGGCGGCGGAGCUUCUUUUCUCCCUCUCGGUCUCUCCCCUCUCCACGCCAUAGAUCUCUCCCUCUCCCACUUACCCGCAGCCAUGGCGGAGGACGCCCCCAGAGCCGCCGCCGCCGCCGAGGGGAGCCAGCAUGCGUCGGCCGCGGAGGGAGGCUCCGCCGCCGGCCCGCCGCUCCCGCGGCACCAGUCGCCAAGGCCACGGAGGUGCUGCUCCCGUCGCUCAACAUCUGGCCGCUGUCGCAGCGCACGCCGGCGAGGAGCAGACAUUGAUUUGAUUCCAAGAUUUUUUUUUAGCAAGGGUCAAGAACCCCAUUUCUUAAUUAACCCUUUCUUUUACUAAAAAUGAUCGUACCAGUACAGGUUCAGCCAAAGCGGCAAGCGAUUUGAUUCCAAGAUAGUAUCAGCUUAGCUAGCAGUGGCUAGCUAGCCAUGAGUAAUAGUGGCAAGGAGCAGCGGCGGAUGGACCGGUUCAUCGUGAUCCCCUUCUCCACCUGCCGUAAUGGAUCCAGCGUGGACGUCGUCGAUGGAGGCGGCAAGAGCGGCAAGAAGCCCCAAGUGAUGUUGUGUACGUGUCUAGGCGGCGGCGGCGAGGGUGGCGGCGCGGCGGACCACCACCGCCAGCACGUGGCGCACAUCGGCUGGGACGGCAGCACAAACACCACCACCAGCCUCCGCUCAUGGAACCGCGCCGCGCCGCCGUCCUCCUCCUCCUCCACCACCACCGCGUCCACCUCGUCAGCCUUGGCGGCGCCGGUGACAUCAAGAAGGAGUCGGCGCCGGCGGGGCCUCAGUUGUGCAGCUCAUGUCCUACCGUCUGCCGCAGCCAGGGCCAACUCCCACCGCCCCUUCCUCUUCCGCCCACAGCUGCCAGAGCCGUGCCUCCGCCACCGCGCCGCUCCCUUCUCUCCCGCCGGCCGCCGUGCGCCGCUGCCUCUCCGUCGCACCUGGAGAGAGGAUAGGGCAGAGAGAUGAAGAGAGGGAGAUGGAGGGAGAGGAGG